AACAAUUAAAUUUUUUUAAAUAGAAAAAAUUAAUAAUUUGUAAAGUAAGUUAAGAUAGCAAUCAAUUAAUAAUUAUCAUUAACAUAAGUAAAAAACAAUAAAUAAUAAGAUAAAUUAGCGAAUUAGAUGAGAAGUUAAGAGAAAAAAUCAGGAAACUCCUGCUUAUAUUGCUUGUAUAAUGUCUUUAAUUUUUUAUUCUUGUUGCAAUCAUUAUUAGUCAUUGCAAUGGGAGCGUGGUUGUGGUAUGAAGUUAAAAAAAUAGGACCUUUCAAUUUAGGAUUUAUUAUUUUAGGAUUAAUAGAAUUCCUUUUAUCACUUUUUGGAUAGCAUGUCAAAAAAUCAAGAGCAAAAAUGAACUGCUACUUGCUCUUCUUAUUUUUAUUAUUUACAGCAUAGGCAGUUGUUGCAUCAAUAGCCAUUGCUUCUAAAGAUAAAAUUCUUGAUUGGGCAUCUGAAAGAGCAGAUAGUCCAUAAGAAGCUUAGCACAUUAAAGAUCUCAUAUAGAAUAAUGUUAAAACCAGCAUUUAUAUCACUUUUGCAGCUUUAGUUAUUUAAAUGUUAUGCAUUUGGACUGUCUGGGCUUAUAAAAAAUCGUUCAUUACCAGAAAUACCACUCAUGAAUUUCUAAUUGAGCAAGAAGAUGGUAGGAAGAUUAGCUUAUAAGAACAUUAGUAAAGACAAAAAGAAGAAAUAACUGCUAAAUAUGACAGAUUAAGAAAAGAAGAAUAAUAAAGAUUUGAUUCUGCUUACAGUAGCUAUGAUAGCAGCUCAAAACCCACAAAAAAAAAAUGAAAAAAAAUGUUUUAAAAUGAAAAAAUAAUAAUUAAUGUAAUAAAUGUUAUAAUAAAUAUCAUUCUUAAUAAAUAUUAAAUAAAGUUAUUUUUUAUUUUUUGUUCAUUUGUUAGCCAGCUAUCUAGUGAGAUAGUUCUAGAUUCACUAUAACUAACAAUUUACACCAAAUUAAAUUUCAUCUUUUUCACUGAAUUUUAUUUACAUUAAAUUUGCAUCUAUCAAACUUAAUCAAUCAAUUCAUCGAAGUCAAAAUAAAUUUGUUAGUAACUAAAAGAAUUUAGCUAAAUUAAAUACA